AUGGUAAUUGCAUUCUGCAGUUCCAGCUGUCCUAGCCAUCAAUUCCAGUUUGAAAUGAGGGCAAUUCGUUGGCUUGAUUUCCGCCACUUAAUCCUCAAUUUUUGUUUCAUUACCAGGGUUGUUGGAUUUGUUUGCAUGGUGCUUGUGCUUUGGUCUCCUGUGGUAAUACCUUUGCUGCCAACACUUGUACAAAGUUGGACAACACAUAAUCCAAAUAGGAUUGCUGAAUUUACCUGCAUUGUGGGUCUCUAUAUAGCUGCUAUGAUCCUUGUAGUUUUGUGGGGAAAAAGAAUACGUGGCUAUGACAAUCCAAUUGAACAAUAUGGGCUGGACCUGACAUCGGUACCUAGGGUUUUUGAUUUUCUUAAGGGUUUGGUUGGAGGAAUUAUGAUAGUCUCAUGCAUUCAUUCAGUUAAUGCAUUAUUAGGUUUUGUUUCUUUUGCUUCCACAACGGUACUACCUUCGUCCUCAUCAGGUGCUAUUGUUUUGUUGAGAGUUUAUGGGAGUUUGCUGCUCUUAACAUUUCAAGGAAUUGUGUCUGCAACUGGUAUUUCUGUUGUUGAAGAAUUAUUAUUCAGGUCUUGGUUGGCUGAGGAGAUAGCCGUUGAAAUGGGAUAUUAUCGUGCUAUAAUGAUUUCUGGGAUCGUCUUUGCUCUAAUUCAAAGAUCGCUUUCAUCGGUGCCAGGAUUCCUUCUCCUAUCUAUAUUUCUCUUUGGCAUCAAGGAAAGAGCUCAUGGCAAGCUUGCAGCCCCUGUUGGCAUCCGCACAGGUUUAAUGGCUGCCAAUUUUGUCAUUCAGAACGGCAAUUUUUUGUCCUACAGGGCCAAGACUCCUCCUUGGCUUGCCAGCCUCCAUCCUUGGCAUCCAUUUGAUGGAGCUGUUGGCCUAAGCUUCUGCGCCAUAUUGGCCAUCUACUUCUUCCCAAAGCCAGCACAUAAGAUCUCUAGACCUAUUCGGGAAUAGUGUACUUGUGACAUACAGUUUUGCAGGUCAGUUUUGGCGUGAGAAGAAGUGUGAAACCCAAUGGGGUAGCUAGGGAAUGCUGAUAAGCUAGAAAUCUAUAGAGAUUUUGUAUAGAUAGUGUUUUGAUCAAUGAAAUUUUCCUUGGUUUUGGUAGGUGAAUCCUUUGAUAUAUUCAAUUUUGAGAAGCCUGUGGGUUGUACAGAAGUUUACAUUAAUUUUGUUGUUUCUCCAAGUAGAAAAAAAUGUAAUAGUGGGAAAAAAUGUAAUGCGUUCAUUAUACUACAGAAAUUCAUGUUGGCAUUUAUAUUUGAUGGGUUUUAUUGUGCUGCCA